CAGUGGAACUGGAAUAGGCGUGCUCAGCCACACCUCCCCAGCCAUCCAGCUUUUAAAGCUCCUGAGGAGCGUGAGUGCAGAGCUGCUGCUCCGCCGUGGUGACAAGAGCGGAGGUGACUGUUACUGGAGCACUGGGAAUUUGCCUCUUCCAGCCACAGCCUUCUUGGGACCGCAGGCUCCGGGCAGGACCCAGGAAGCUUUUGGGAAACAUAUCCCUGGGAGGUAAUUUGAGAAGGCACAAGAAUGACGACGACGUCACCUCCCCAAGGCUGCGGCAGCAUCAAUGCUGACUACUACCUGCUUUGUGAUGUGGAGCAGGCCUGGGGCAUUGUCCUGGAAUCGCUGGCUGCAGCUGGGGUCAUCGUCACCAUUUUCCUCAUCUGCUCACUCUUCUUCCUCAUCUGUAAAAUCCAAGACAACAGCAAGCGGCACAUGAUCUCCAUCUAUUUCUUCUUCCUCUUAGGCACGCUCGGCAUUUUUGGUCUCACUUUUGCCUUCAUCAUUAAACUCAAUGACAGUACUCGCCCCACACGCUUCUUCCUAUUUGGAGUCCUCUUCGCUCUCUGCUUCUCCUGUCUCCUCACCCAUGCCUGCAACCUCAACAAACUAGUGAAAGGAAGGAAGCCCUUCUCCUGGCUGGUGUUGCUGCUCCUCAUUGUUGCCUUUUCUCUGGUGCAAGUUGUGAUCAGCAUUGAGUACCUAGUCACUAUGCUAGUAAACCAGAGAGAUAUAUUUCUGAGUAUGUCUGCAGAGAAGACCAACAAGGACUUUGUCAUGCUUCUAAUCUAUGUGCUCUUCUUGAUAGCUCUGACUUUCCUGGUUUCCAUGUUCACAUUUUGUGGGUCAUAUAAAAGCUGGAAGAGGCAUGGGGCACACAUCUUUGUUACUGUCCUGUUCUCCAUUGCCAUUUGGGUGGUGUGGAUCACUAUGCUCCUAAGAGGCAACGUAAUUUUAAACAGAUCUAGCUGGAAUGAUCCUGUCGUGGCCAUUGCUCUGGUGUCCAAUGGAUGGAUCUUCCUGAUAAUGUACGUGGUCCCUGAAAUUUGUUUCCUCACUGCCCCUCUCAAGCUGGAAGACUACCCUGCAGAAAAUGAUUUCUGCCAUCCUGGAUUCAUAAAGCAGACCUCUGGAGUGGACAAUCAUGCCUACACCCAAGAUGAAAUUCUGCAAGGAGGCAAAGGAGAUCCCAGCAACUCCCCAUACUCUCCUCAAUUUCAGAUGAAGGCCAUCGAACCCCAGAAUGAUUUUACCAUCCCUCGGCCUAAGGCCCAGACCAGCCCUUACCAUGACUACACUGGUGGGAAAGGCCCCAUGUAGCCGCUCUUCAGGGAGCAAAGAGACUAAGCGCCUGUCAGCAGGGGCUUGGGGAUCAGGCCACAUGGUGACAAGUGUCUCAAUCCUGCAGAAGAGAGGCAGACUCAACCCCCACACUGUUGAUGCUGAUGAUAAGGGGAGGCGUCCUCUUCCUCCACUCCCCCUGCCCCCAGCUCUGCAUAGGCACCCUGGUAGCUCCCUUAUUCCUAGAAGAGGACUUCCAGACACUGCGGGCAAUCCUGACCCUGCUCACUCAGUUUCCCUGUGGGAUGAAGCUCGUCUCUUCUGAUAUGGGAAUGUCCUAGGAAGAGCCUGGCCUGGCCUGGCCUAUUUUCAGCAGGAAUGCUGCAGAGCUGGAGCAGUACGAAGAUUGGCUGAGCAGUGACCUGUUCUGCCUCAGCCAGGACGCGGCUUUGAUCAGCCCAUGUGGCUGCUGCUGUGCCCAUGUCUGACUGGAGAGUGGGAAGGAGCAGGAGCAUCAGCCCUACACGUCUCCACUCCUGCCCACCUAUGAGCACAUCUCAGGUACUAUCAAGGACGCCCAUGAUCCUGCCAAGUGAAGGCAUGUUACUUCUUUUGCCUCCCACUCCCAACCCUGCCUUGCUCUUCUCCAGAGCUCAGUAGGAGAGAGAGGGAAAGAAUAUUCCUUUUUUCUUCUUUGUUUUCACUUCCAACCCCUUUUAGAUUCAGCAGCUAGAGAACACAAUGGAGAGGGUGAAGAAAAUUUAAAGACACAAAAACCUCUACAGCUAUUUCCCCUGACCCAUUUUCCUUCAUUUUCUGAUUUGCUCUCUAGCAUCAGCCUCCCUCCUAACUGACUCCUAGAUGCUAGCCCCCACCCCGAGCCCCCCAAGGUGCCUGCUCUACCCCACAAACACUUCUCCCUGCCUCCUCCCACCUCCGGCUGUGCAUCCUUACAGACAAGACAUCUCUUGUGCAGCUGCUUGCAAUACUCAGGUGGGAUCUAAUCCUGCAUGCCUUUGAGCUCUGGCUCCUCCCAAGCAUUUUCGUGGCAUUAACUCAAACAUUUCCCAAGUAUCCAAGCUAGGGAAGGCGGACACCCUCCUUUCCAGGAAUGAGUGAGCGUGCAUGCGUGCGUGUGUGUGUGUGUGUGUGUGUGGGCGCGCGUGUUGUGUGGACUGCACCCUGGCAACGAGCAAUGAGUCUGCAGAGUUGAAUCAUUCUGUAGUCUGCUCUGCAUCUGGUAAAUAGCUUUCCAUGAUACUCUAUAUAUAAAUACAUGGAGCUAUCCACAUGGAUGCAUAUGGUACAUCUGUCACAGCUAUAUAUUUAUUUAGGACUUUGUAUAUGGCUUAUUUAAUUAAAAUUAAAAAAAGAACAGAUGGACUAA